AUAUCUUGCCCACCAAAUCAUCACAUACUGUGCUGGUUGUUGUAGCAACUACUCGCCACCACCACGGCCGAAACUCAAGCCCCACAAUGGCGAUUGGAUCAGCCGAGCUCGGGAGCGUCGAGGCAGCACUUGGUGCACUCUCGGUGGACGACGAGCUAGCGUCGCUUUCAAGCCUCGACAUUCGCCUCGCCCCAGCCCUUGAAGCCGAACUUGACACCGUGCAAGUACAAGGCUUGUCGCCCAUAGACGACACCACGAGGACCGCUAUCGCACCAGCGAUCCACCAGAUCCAGCGAGUGCGCCGGCACCUCCUCCAGCCCAGCAGCGUGGGCAUCAACGCAGUGUACCUGCUCGCGUUACGCGGACACUUCGACCUCGAGGAAAUCGAGCGCCGAGGAUGCAGCCUUCCGACCCAGGAGGAGAUCCAGGAGCUCGUGCGCGACGAGUUCCCUGCCAUCGUGCUGCAUUACACUGAGGCGCGCGCCGUGACCGCAGACGUGGAGUUGGAACUUGGUGUCCGGUUUGAGAAGGUGCUCGUGUCCAAGGAGUGGUGCCACACCUUCCUCGCGUCGCUUGAUGCGCCCGAUGGCGUCUUCCAACGCAAGUGGUGGUCGGGCGCCACGAUCUGGAAGGACCCCGAAGGUUCUGUGUGUUCGCGGGUUAACAGGAAGAUUGUUAUCGACGACGUUAACGAGUCGCUGCGGCUGAUGGCGGAGGACAACUAUCAGCUGCCCAACAGGUGUGGACGUCGAUGAGUUGAUACGGUA